CUGCGCUCCAAUCGGAUCAGGUCCUGGGUGCCCACUUGUGCCCUGCCAGGCUGCGGGACAGCCUGCAGGUCCCGGACGUCCAAAGCGCCCCAGAAUGAAGUCGUGCGUUUUCCCCGCGGGAGCGCUGCUCGGGCGACGGGCGCGGGGCGCACGGGGCAGCGGGGCGAUGCGGGGCCGCGGCUGCGCCGCUCUCUGGGUGCUACUGCUAGUGCAGGUGGGUGUGCAGAAGGCACCUGCGUGCGCCUUGGGACCCUCAGCGGCCUCGCCAGGGAGCCCGAGCGUCCAGCGUCCUCCCAGUCCCACGGAGUGGCCCGCCUGGGUGGAAAAGGGCGAAUAUGACCUGGUAUCUCCUUAUGAGGUUGACUACAAUGGCAACUACGUGUCCCAUGAAAUCACACACCCUCAGAGGAGGAAAAGAGCCCUGGCUCAGCUCGGAGUGGACUCUCUUCACCUUCGGCUGAAAGGUUUCAGGCAUGACUUUCACAUGGAGUUGAAAACUUCCAGCAACCUGGUGGCUCCUGGAUUUGUCAUACAGACAUUGGGAAAGGGAGGCGUUAAAUCACUGCAGGCUUUCCCGCCCAAGGAUUUCUGUUUCUAUCAAGGCUCCUUACGAUCCCACACAAAUUCCUCCGUGGCUCUUUCAACCUGCAAAGGUUUGUCAGGCAUGAUAAGAACACAAGAAGCAGAUUACUUCUUAAAGCCACUUCCUUCACACCUAGAAGGAAGACUCAAUGAAUCUGCCGAAGGUGGGCCUCCCUCCCACAUUCUGUAUAAGAGAUCCACAGAUCCACGGGCUCAGAGAGGGCGGCAGGUAAUGAUGGUCCAGAGGCAGCGGGAGCUGGAAAGUCGCCACCUCUUCUAUCAUGAAAAUCAACCUGUGCACGGCCGCUUUAACCUCAGGCACCCACAAAAGCAGCAUUUCUGUGGAAGACGCAAGAAAUACAUGCCCAAGCCUCCCAAGGAAGACCUUUUCAUCUUACCUGACGAGUAUAAGUCCUGCCCACGGCACAAGCGCUCUCUUCUGAAGUCCCAUAGGAAUAAAGAAUUGAACGUGGAGACGUUGGUAGUGGUCGACAAAAAGAUGAUGCAAAACCACGGUCAUGAAAAUAUCACCACCUAUGUACUGACAAUACUCAACAUGGUGUCUGCUUUAUUCAAAGAUGGAACAAUAGGAGGAAACAUCAACAUUGCAAUUGUAGGUCUGAUUCUUCUAGAAGAAGAACAGCCAGGGCUUAUGAUAAACCAUCACGCGGACCACACUUUAAGCAGCUUCUGCCAGUGGCAGUCAGGAUUGAUGGGGAAAGAUGGAAGUCGCCAUGACCACGCCAUCUUACUAACUGGUCUGGACAUAUGUUCCUGGAAGAAUGAGCCCUGUGAUACUUUGGGGUUUGCCCCCAUAAGUGGAAUGUGUAGUAAAUACCGAAGCUGUACAAUUAAUGAAGAUACAGGUCUUGGACUGGCUUUCACCAUCGCUCAUGAGUCUGGACACAACUUUGGCAUGGUCCAUGAUGGAGAAGGGAACAUGUGCAAGAAGUCUGAGGGCAACAUAAUGUCUCCUACAUUAGCAGGACGCAAUGGGGUCUUCUCUUGGUCACCCUGCAGCCGCCAGUACCUGCACAAAUUUUUAAGCACUGCUCAAGCGACAUGCCUUGCUGAUCAGCCAAAGCCUGUGAAAGAAUACAAGUAUCCUGAGAAAUUGCCGGGACAGUUAUAUGAUGCAAACACACAGUGCAAGUGGCAAUUUGGAGAGAAAGCCAAACUCUGCAUGCUGGAUUUUAAGAAGGAUAUCUGUAAAGCCCUAUGGUGCCAUCGGGUUGGAAGGAAAUGUGAGACUAAAUUUAUGCCAGCAGCAGAAGGCACCAUCUGUGGGCAUGACAUGUGGUGCCGUGGAGGGCAGUGUGUGAAAUAUGGUGACGAAGGCCCCAAGCCUACCCAUGGUCAUUGGUCAGACUGGUCUCCCUGGUCACCAUGCUCCAGGACCUGCGGAGGAGGGGUGUCCCACAGAGACCGCCUCUGCACUAAUCCCAAACCAUCGCAUGGCGGGAAGUUUUGUGAGGGCUCCACGCGCACUCUGAAGCUUUGCAACAGCCAGCAAUGCCCCCAAAAUAGCGUUGACUUCCGCGCCAUGCAGUGUGCGGAAUACAACGGCAAACGGUUCCGAGGGUGGCACUACAAGUGGAAGCCCUACACACAAGUCGAAGAUCAGGACUUAUGCAAACUCUACUGUAUCGCAGAAGGAUUUGAUUUCUUCUUUUCUUUGUCAAAUAAAGUCAAAGAUGGGACUCCAUGCUCGGAGGAUAGCCGUAAUGUUUGUAUAGAUGGGCUAUGUGAGAGAGUCGGAUGUGACAACAUCCUUGGAUCCAAUGCCGUUGAAGACUCUUGUGGUGUGUGCAAGGGGAAUGACUCAGACUGCACGACACACAAGGGCCUCUAUGCCAAGAACCACCGCACCAACCAAUAUUAUCAGAUGGUGACCAUUCCUCCUGGAGCCCGGAGUAUUCGCAUCUAUGAAAUGAACGUAUCUACCUCCUACAUUGCUGUGCGCAAUGCCCUCAAAACAUACUACCUGAAUGGACACUGGACUGUGGACUGGCCCGGCCGCUACAAGUUUUCAGGCACUGCUUUCGAUUACCGACGGUCAUACAGGGAGCCAGAGAGCUUGACCUCUGCAGGGCCAACCAACGAAACACUGAUUGUGGAGCUGCUGCUUCAGGGAAGGAACCCAGGCAUUGCCUGGGAAUACUCGGUGCCUCGGCUGGGGGGCGAGAAGAAGUCCAGUGCCCAGCCCAGCUACACCUGGGCCACCAUCCGCUCUGAGUGCUCAGCCUCCUGUGGAGGGGGGCAGAUGACCACACGAGAAGGCUGCUACAGAGACCUGAAGUUUCAAGUAAAUACGUCAUUCUGCAAUCCCAACACCCGGCCUGUCACAGGGGUGGUGCCUUGCAAAGUAUCUGCAUGUCCUCCCAGUUGGUCCGUGGGGAACUGGAGUACCUGCAGCAGGACAUGCGGUGGUGGAACACAGAGCCGGGUGGUCCAGUGCAUGCGGCGGGCCCACUACAGAUCAGAGCAGGUCUUGAACAGCCUGUGCCCCCAGCCUGCCCCCUCCAGCCGACAGGCCUGCCACACCCAGAGCUGCCCUCCCACGUGGAGCAUCGGGCCCUGGGCAGAGUGCUCACGAACCUGCGGGAAAGGGUGGAAGAAGAGGUCCGUGGCCUGUAAGAGCACUAACCCCUCAGCCAGGAUGCAGCUGCUGCCUGACGUACUCUGUAGCUCAGAGCCCAAGCCCAGGACUCAUGAGGCUUGUCCACUUAAGCGGUGCCACAAGCACAAGAAGCUGCAAUGGCUGGUGUCCGCCUGGUCCCAGUGUUCUGUUACAUGUGAAAGGGGAACACAGAAAAGAUUCUUAAAAUGUGCUGAAAAGUAUGUUUCUGGGAAGUACCGGGAGCUGACCUCAAAGAAGUGCCUGCACUUGCCACAGCCCGACCUGGAGCUGGAACGCGCCUGCGCCCUGUUCCCCUGCCCCAAGCACGCCCUGUUUGCUGCUGCGGGCCCUCCGCGGGCCAGCUGGUUUACCUCGCCCUGGUCUCAGUGCACAGCCAGCUGUGGGGGUGGCGUGCAGACCAGGUCCGUGCAGUGCCUGGCAGGGGGCCGGCCAGCUGUGGGCUGCUUCGUGCACCGGAAGCCUGAAGCCUCCCUGGCCUGCAACACUCACUUCUGCCCCGUCGCAGAGAAACAAGAUGUCUUCUGCAAAGACCACUUGCACUGGUGCUCCCUGGUGCCCCAGCACGGAAUGUGCAGCCACCAGUUCUAUGGCCAGCAGUGCUGUGAGACUUGCUCCAGAUCCAACCUGUGAGUCAGUUGGGCCGCCUCCCAGGACUGAGAAAAAUACCUGUCUUCAGCACCAAUGAGCUGUCCAGUCUGUAUGGGAAUGCGUCCAAGGAAGAUGGAAUCUGGAAGGAGAAAAAUUGUCAGCAAUCUGUGCACGCCCGCGCAUGUGCGGGUGUGUGUGCACGUACCUGUGUACACACAAGCACAUGCUCUCGUGCUGGUGGGAGCCUGGCGGCAGGCAGCAGGGCCCGCUCUGCGGAACAGGAGCAGUGCUCGCUGGCGUUUGGAUUUCAGCUAAAUCGAGUUAGAAAGACAGGUGGGGCUGAAUCUGCCAAAUGCCAAAUGUUUGGUGCUUUUUAAAAAGAAGAAAGGCCACAGCAUUAGGAAUAAGUACAAAAAUAUCUGCCACUAAGUAUGCCCACCUGGCUCCCACCUCGGAGGCGUCCCGCCAGGAAUAACCAGCCUCCGACCAGGAGAAGCAGGAAGCCUGGACAGCUUCUGGCUGUGUUCCCAGGGCCCCCUCUCCCUGCCCCAGCAGCAGAGUUUCCUUCUCAAGGACUUGGUGCUGUGACAAGAGCUGGGUAUUGUUUCUAAGGGGCACCUUCCCGCCCGGGCGAGGUUGGACUCUGUCCCGAUUUGAGACAUUGCCUCUGGAAGUGGGAAAAAUGAAAUUCCUGCUAAGGUGCUUUAUCCCUCUCAGACUCGUGUGCUGGAGGAGAGGAUUUUAUAUUUUAUGUGUUAUCUUUCUCAGUUACUUACAAGUGAGUGUUUCUAUUUAAACCCAUUUCUUAGUGCUUUUCCUUUUUAAAUGACUGAGUUACAGGUUCUGCCAGAAUUAGGGAAUCGCUGCCUACACCAGAGCCUUGCUGUCCUAGGAAGGGGUGUGCAUGGUCCUUUUGGAACAGACAUGCCAACGCAAUAGCCUUAGAGCCUGUGUUUGAUUUCUGUGCGUUGUGGGUUUUUUAACUUCCCUUUCAUAAGUGUUGGCUGUUUUUGUGGGACCCAUUCAGAGAGAAAGCCCUGGUUUCCUGGGAUGGGGCUGUCCAGGGGGCCUCUGGCAUCUCCAUCAGUGCGAAGCUGCUUUCAUUCUGCUUCCCCGCAUGCAGCUCCAUUCGGAGUGGGUGCCUGGAUAUUUAUAUUUGCUGAAGUUUUAUAAUAAAGUUUAUAUCGUACAGCGUCA